AUGGAAGUUCAAGGACCAAAGGUGGUAAGAAAGAAACUAGCCAGCUACAAAGGCAGUAUUCAGGAAGCAGAAAGAAGAACCGAGAAAGCGAAACAAAGCCUUCAACUUGUGGAGAAGAGAUUUAUUAGGGCCAUUUGCAAGAAAUCGAAGAUGGAAGAUCUGAUUAGAAAACGGCAAAUGCAACUCGAACGAGCAGAAGCUCGCAUUACCAGUAUUCAGCUAAAAUGGGAUGCUUUAGUUCGAUUCUACGAAGAGAUGAAUGUUCUCGUACCCGGGUAUCACCAAAGUGGCCUGGAAGAUCAGGAAUUCGAUACAGAGAUUGCCAAAUUUACCGAGAAAACAGAAAAAGCCAAAAAGAAAUAUAACGCUGGCGUUGACAGGGAACGUGUUUUGCGUGAUAAAACGGAGAGGGCGCGAGGGCGUCAAAUCAGAGCGGAAUCAGCCUUGAGAGAACUACAGGAACAAUUAACUUCAAUUAAAAAACGUGUUCAGGAUUUGGACGAAAGAAAGUUACAACGUGAUGCCCGCUGGCACCAAAUGGAAACCUUAGAGGCUAAAGUAAAGCGAGCUUUAGCUAAAGCCCAAGAACGAGAAAACACAGAAGUAGAACUCGAAGAAAAAAUUAUCGAACUGGAAGAUCAAAUCGAGAUGUACGUUCAAAGAAAGAAACGCGCGAUCUCUUUUCUUGCUGAUCGAGAAAAUAACAACCCUGUUCAGUCUUGGACCAUAUCUUUUUGGGUUCAAAAGUCU